AUGUUUUACGUGCGCUCUAUCAGAAAUAUCGGUAGAUCCUGGAGCAUCAGCAGCAGCCGAAACUUCUCGCAAAGUAGCAUCCGAGCAGGCUCUCAUCAAUUAGUGAAAAUUGUACCGUACGAUCGAUCGCAGAUAUAUUCGGUAAUCGUCGAUGUAAAGUCGUACCCUGAAUUCAUACCCUACUGUCUCUCCACGAGAAUCAUCGAGCCGUCCACCGCCCAGGACCAGAACCAGGUCAAUUUGGCUGCUAGUCAUGAAGAAUCUGGAAACGCAUUCGAGGAACAUGAAUUCGAGGUGUUCACUCGGAUCGGCUACAAGGGAUUCGAAACUGACUACCAUAGCCGGGUGAUCUGCCAACCAUUCGACUCGGUACAAGUCAUUGCAAAGCCUUCAACCACCUUCACAAAACUAACCACCACCUGGAAGCUCUCUGAUCAUCCCUCAUCAUCCGGAUCGUCAUCUUCCGAUAGACUCACCCGAGUCCAACUAGAUCUCUCUUUCAAGUUCAAGAACCCGAUCCAUGAGUACCUGCUGACUGACGAGCGGAUCUGGAACAAAUUCAGUGGGAUGGUGAUCAAAUCGUUUGAAGAUCGAUUGGCUUCUCUUUAG